GGGCACUUGCUAUUCACACGAUGCAUGAUGUUGAGGUUAUAAGCGGUCUAAACUCAACAAAAUCAUCCGGUUGAAAAUUGUCUAUUUUUCUUGACAAAGGACAGGUGCUAGUCAAGUGCUGGUCCUGUCAAUGCUACUACAAUGGACUUUAUAGAGAAGUAGAAGUGGACGAUACAUUGAUUGGGAUCAACCAGACACUUGUGUGCCUGGUGUUCGCCUCACAAUGACUGACGAAUCCAUGCUCAGUUUGUUUGAUGCGGACGGCGGCUUUUUGGAUGAGUUGACGGGAGGAGACACUGGAAUUGGGGGUCCUGGAAAUGGGAUGGACUCUUCCAUACUCAGCCAGAAUACGGGUAUGGGAGGCAUUCAACCUGAUCCACUGCUCAACACUGGCUAUGGUGCAUCUCAUUCUCAAAUGCCUAACCUCUCAGGGAACCAAUUUUCUGGAAUGUCUUAUCAAGGUACUGGUGCACCACAACAAUUUUCUUCAGAGAAUUUUGCUGCACCACAGUAUAAUGAACAGCAAGGGAUCCACCAAAUAGGCAACGUAGCCAUACCGGGCAUUAAUGGUGGACAAAGACAACCAAGAAUGAUGAUGCCAAACCAGCAGAUGACAAAUCAGUCUCAAUUUGGUAGCUCAUCGGCUGGUAGAGGAUUGAUUCAACAACAGCAGACCCCAGGUGGGUAUCAAUCGUAUCGAAUGGGCAGUGCACCGAUGGCGGGACCUCGUCUUCCUAAUCCCCACCAGCGCCAGAUCGGGAUCAAUCAGAACAUAUCACAACCGACCAAUAAUAUGUGGAACAGCAGUCAGACUAGUCCUAAUCAAGCAAGUACUUUUCUUCACCAGCAGAGGCCGCUGCAGUCCCAGCUUCAGCAGACCCCACAACCUCAGCAACCACAAAUGGCACCGUCACAACUUGGAGACGGAACCCAAAUGACAACAUACCUCACUCACCAUGACUAUGCCUUACCUAAAUCCUCUUCAAAUAUUGUUCCCCAAGUAAAUGUUAGUCAAUAUCCAAACACUAGUGCAAACCAAGCGGGUGUGUACAAUAUGCAAAGGUUAGCCUCGCCGCCUGGUAAUCAUAAUGUUAUGUCUAAUGUGCCAUUGUCUGCCAGCAGUGCUUUGAAUGCUAUGGGCCAAAUGCAGCAACAGCAGCAUGCCAUCCCACAGGUACAGCCAUCAUUCCAGCAACCCGGCAUUAGUACGGCAAACAACGUAAGGCUUACUUACAGUGCCAGUACACAGAUGCAGAAUAUGCCACAACAGCAACCGUUCCAAGGAAAUUAUUUGCACCAGCGACCUCAAGUGAACUCUGUUCCAACGUCGAACUAUCAAAGCUUUCCAUUCCAACAGACACAGAAUGCUAUGUCACAAGGGAUCGGAGACACAUCUAGUCGUCUUAGCCAUUUCCAGAACACCAGUCCUAAUCAGACCAGCACACUCAUACCUGGUUUCCCUGGUGUGAACUCGCAGCGUGUGACCACCCCCUCCCCCAGACCAACCCCACCUCCCCGGCCCACACCUCCUCCAUCCCAUACCCCUGAUAUCACACAUACCUCCCCUACAUCUCAGGGAAAUGCCAGACAGUUACAUCAAUCCCAGAUGGAGCUGAUGUCACCGCCCUCUGGUGGCCAGACCACGCCAACUGCCAGUCCUUACCAUAGCAGUGAUGGCAGUAACUCUUCAAUAAACCAAACUCCUAUUAAAUCUAAUACGUAUGCCCCAGUGGGGAACAGUCAGAUGCCAUCCGUGGGCAUGAGAAUGAGUGUCGGCACUACUGUCCAGAAUAGAGCUACAGGUGGGGCACCUGGAAGUCCCAAUGUUAAAGGUCUUGUUCAGGGUAUGGUUCCUCCCACUGUAAACAUGGGUGGUCAGUCUGCUGUAGACGUAGGUGGACCAACCGUUAUGUCAAACAUGAAUAUGAGUGGUCAACAGAAUGUGAAUAUGAAUGGACAGAAUAAUAUGAAUAUGGGUAAUGUUCAACAAAAUGUGAAUAUUGAAAUUCAAAAUCUCCAGCAGCAGAUUCAACAGCUGCAUAGCAUGCCCCAGACCAAUCAAACACAACAGGGUAUGUUGGAUCUACAGGAACGAAUUCGGACGUUACGUGCAAAACAGGAAUUAACACACCAAAGACAAAAGCAACUGCAACAACAGCAGCAGCAGAUGCAGCAACAUAUACCAAAUUCAAAUAUUGUUUCCCAGCAACAACAUCAACAUAAUCAACAACAGCUGGUGUUUCAAAUUCCAAAUCCACAGCAACAGCAGCAGCAACAAGACAAUCCACAGGCACAGAAAGUCAUCCACCUGCAGUCCAGUGUAAGUGGUACAGGAGUAAGACAAUCGUUUAUACAGAUCCAACGACCAAACCUCCCGAAUCAGUCACAAAAUCAACAGCAGAAGAUUGUGAUUGUGAGUUCUCAGCCAGGAGGGGGCGGAGGAGGAUCUUUGAGUAUGCUCCAACAACACCCUCACACUACCCAGCCACAAGGUCAGCAGACAGGGCAAAUUGACCCUUCUCAGGGACAGUUCACCCAGGUGAUGUCCCAACAGAAUCAGCAAAAUCUACAGGUGAUCAUACAGCCCCAGCAACAGCAGUCUGUAUUACAACAGCAGGGCCCGUCGGUCAUGAUGAGUCCCCCUCAAGUGCCUACUUCAUCCUCUAACAUACCUCAACAGCCCCCGCAAGCCAACAUGGCUGGCAUUUCUGGUCCUCUCAUGCAUCAGGCCGUGGCUUCCUCUGUACAGCAAGCGGCACCACCCAAUAUGCCUUCCAAUAUACCAGUGCUACAGAUCCAACAGCUGGGUCAGGCUCAGUCACAGCCUAAUUCCCAAGUACCUCUAGUAGGUUUCCAACCAAUGGACCAAUCAGAGCACAUGGAUACUAGUCAGAUGACUGGUUCAGUUACACAAGGUGCAACCGGUGGUAAAAAGUCCAAGAAAGCUAAGCAACAGCAGGAAAAAGCGAACAGGAUUGUAGCUGAGGCGGUGGCUCGCGCCCAGGCUGCCGGAAACACUGGGCUACCUCCCCUCUUAACCCAGAACCCAGCAAUUCCUUCCACCGUUGGGGAUGUGACAACACCAGAAAUACGGGACGAGGAUGACGAUGAAGAAGGAGGUAAGAAAAAGAAGAAAACAAAGCGGAAGAAGAAACCAUCUGAGCCGAAGACUCCAAAGACACCCAAAGUAAAAAAAUCUAAGACUCCACCUGCAUCUGUAACCUCUGAACCUGCUGAAAAGGUGGAAGCAUACAAUACAGACAAAAGUGAUGAGCUUAUUGUAGACAUAGAGGCUACUACCCCUACAACACCAGAAAAGAAGAAAGUUGUCAAGAAGCCCAAAUCAGAAUCCAAACCAAAGUCAUCAGUCAAAAAGAAAAAGAAACCACCAGCCACCUUUAUGAAGUUGAAGAAAAGGAAGAGAGGUGCAUCUUCUGAUGGCUCAGAUGUGGAGUUAAAAAUAACUCCGCCCCCUUCACCUAUGGGAGAUGAUGACGGACUACAGAAGCGUCGAUCGGCCAGAAAUACCAAGCGGAAGAAGUACAUGGAUGAUGUGGAUCUCAACUUAUCUGACGACGAUAAUUUAGACAUUGAUGUGGAAGGCACAGAUGGUGCCGUUAUGAAGGCUUUGGACUCUGAAAAUGCUGUCGAGGAAGACAAUAACAUUGUAGUGGAAAAGAUUCUGGGAAUGAGGAUGAGGAUUAGUGACAAAGAUGUGGACGUGGAGAAUGAAGAUGAACCCCCAGAAGAGGAGGUGGAGGAAUAUUAUGUCAAGUACAAAAACUUUUCUUACCUGCAUUGUGAGUGGAAGACUGCAGUGGAGAUGUAUAGAGAUAAGAGGAUACACCAAAAGAUCAAACGCUACAAGAUGAAGAAGCUGCAGUCCAACAAUUACUUUACUGAGAUUGAUGAUGAAGAACUCUUCAAUCCUGACUAUGUGGAGGUAGAUAGGGUGCUGGAAACCUCGGUAACAACAGACCCAGCUACAGAUGAGAAGACCACUCAUUUUCUGGUGAAGUGGCGAGGACUUCCAUAUGAGGAUUCCACAUGGGAACUGCAGCAAGAUGUUGACCCAGAGAAAGUUAAAUUUUUCAACUUGUACAAGGACCCACCAGACGAAGACGAUAGAGAACCUGUGGAGCGUCCCAAGGCCAGCAACUGGAAGAAGAGAGACGAGACCCUCAUAUACAAGGGAGGUAACACAAUCCGGGAGUAUCAGUUGGAGGGCGUUAACUGGCUCACAUUUGGCUGGUAUAACGGACAAAACUGUAUCCUUGCUGAUGAGAUGGGACUUGGUAAGACGAUCCAGAGUAUAACAUUCCUGCAUGAGAUAUUCCUCACUGGCAUUAAAGGUCCUUUCUUGGUCGUCGUUCCGCUUUCCACUCUUGGUAACUGGCAAAGGGAGUUUGAAACCUGGACUGAUGAGAAUGUUAUAGUGUACCAUGGAAGUUCUGUGAGCAGGAGUAUGCUGCAGCAAUAUGAAAUGUACUACCGCAACACAAAUGGCAAGAGAAUCCCCAACAUCUGCAAGUUCCAUUCUCUGAUCACCACAUAUGAAUGUAUCAUCUCCGACUGUGAUGUACUGAGCAGUAUUGAUUGGCGUUGUCUCAUCAUUGACGAGGCCCAUCGCCUCAAGAACAAGAAUUGUCGACUUAUGGAGGGCCUCCGAAUGGUUGACUGUGAACACCGAGUGCUGCUUACGGGAACACCUCUCCAGAACAAUGUUGAAGAACUCUUCAGCCUCCUCAAUUUUCUGGAGCCAGAACGGUUUAGCUCGGUCAGUAGUUUCAUGGCGGACUUUGGUGAUCUGAAGACCGAUGCUCAAGUAGACAAGCUGAAAGCGCUGCUGAAGCCAAUGAUGCUGCGUCGGUUGAAAGAGGAUGUGGAGAAGAACCUAGCCUCUAAGGAGGAGACCAUUGUCGAGGUGGAACUAACCAAUAUACAGAAGAAGUACUACAGAGCAAUCCUGGAGCGAAACUUCAAUUUCUUAUCUAAAGGAACGGGAAGCUCUACUAAUGUACCAAACCUACUUAACACAAUGAUGGAGCUCCGCAAAUGUUGUAACCAUCCAUUCCUUGUCAAAGGUGCUGAGGAGAAGAUAGUGAGUGAAAUGAGGGAGAAACAUGGCGCCACACAGGAAGCUACAUUCCUUUCCAUGGUCAACUCUGCUGGUAAACUUGUCCUGUUGGACAAAUUACUGCCUAAACUCAAACAGAACGGUCACAAAGUUCUCAUCUUCUCUCAGAUGAUAAAAGUGCUAGAUAUCUUGGAAGACUACCUCAUUCAUAGAAAGUACCUGUAUGAAAGGCUUGAUGGAAGGAUUCGAGGAAACAUUCGUCAGGAAGCUAUUGACCGCUUUUCCAAGCCUGAAUCAGAUCGGUUUGUUUUCCUCCUGUGUACUCGUGCGGGUGGACUGGGCAUCAAUUUGACGGCAGCAGACACAGUGGUCAUCUACGAUUCUGAUUGGAACCCUCAGAAUGAUCUCCAGGCCCAGGCACGUUGUCACAGAAUUGGACAGAGUAAAGCCGUGAAGGUUUACCGACUGAUUACAAGGAACUCCUAUGAACGCGAGAUGUUUGACCGGGCUUCCAUGAAGUUGGGUCUGGACAAAGCUGUUCUGCAGUCAAUGGGCGGGGAAAAGAACUCGCCGCAAGCCCAGAUGUCUAAGAAAGAGAUAGAGGAGCUGCUUAAGAAAGGUGCAUAUGGAGCUUUGAUGGAGGAUGAUAAUGAUGGCGACAAAUUCUGUGAGGAGGACAUCGACCAGAUCCUACAGCGUCGUACUCAGGUCAUACAGAUCGAGUCAGAAGGAAAAGGAUCCAUAUUCGCUAAGGCUAGUUUCUCAAUGACUGGUAACAGAGAGGACAUUGACAUCAAUGAUCCCAACUUCUGGCAGAAAUGGGCCAAAAAGGCUGACCUUGACACAGAUGAAAUGAAAAACAAGAAUGAAUUGAUCAUUCAAGAGCCCCGCCAGAGGAAGAAGACAGCUCGCUUUGGUAACGAUGAGUCACUACUUGACAUGUCAGAACUGGAAUCGAGCUCCAGCAACACAGAUGAUGACGAGGAAGGUGAAGACAAAGGUUCAAUGCGGGGUGGUCGCGGAGGGCGCAAGAGGCGGCGUGGACGAAACAAGAACAAAGAUGAUGAUGACUUUGAUGGAGAUGACUACAAUGGUGAAGGCUACUCGCGAUCAGAAUGCUUUAAAGUGGAGAAGCACCUGCUGUUUUACGGAUGGGGACGGUGGAAGGACAUCAUUGGUCAUGGAAAGUUCAAGAGGAGACUGAUGGAGAAAGAUGUAGAAAACAUAUCCCGGGCAUUGCUUAUUUACUCACUACAACAUUACAAAGGUGAUGACAAAAUCAAGGAGUUCAUCUGGGAUUUAGUGUCUCCAUCUAGUGACAGUUCCCUCAAAAACCACUCUGGAUUGUCUGCUCCUGUUCCAAGAGGUCGCAAGGGAAAGAACAAGAAAAAAGAGGCACUUCAAAACAUGGACCAGUCUUUUGCAUUGGAUAAAAACAAGCUUGAUCUUGACCCCGAGGUCGUUCUAAGAGAUGCUGGUUACCGCCGUCACCUCCACAGGCAUGCUAACAAGGUCUUACUCCGUGUACGAUUGCUGUAUUACAUCAAACAGGAAAUCAUAGGAGAGGAGGCAGAGAAGGUGUUCCAGGGCUUAAAUCCAAAUGAAAUAGACAUUCCACAGCCCAAUGCUGACGGGGAACCUCCAACUGCCUGGUGGGAUGAUGAAGCAGACAGAUGUCUCCUUAUUGGAGUGUUCAAGCAUGGUUAUGAAAAGUUCAAUGCCAUUCGAUCGGACCCAUGUCUGUGUUUCCUGACAAGAUGUGGACCGCCAGAUGGCGCUGCCCUCGCUGCCGAACAGAAUGACGACGAUGAUGAUAUGGACGAUACUCAGGGAAACACUAGUAUAUCUAAAGUGUUGGAUACACCAGACGAAGGAUCAGUUAGCUCCAUGUCUGAUGCUCUCAGUAAAAAAGGACCUGCUGUGGGGUCAGUGGGAACUCCACAACCACCUGAAUCUGAGGGAGACAAGCUUCUGUGGCCAACUCCCUCUGACCUGAACACGAGACUGAGACGAAUGAUCACAGGUUAUCAACGCAAUCACAAACGUCAACUGGUGAAAAAUGCUCAGAAAGUCAAGCAACUCCAGAAGCGUGAUCGACUGGAGCAGGCUAUCAAGGAGAGAGAGUCUCAGCGUCGGCAGUUCCAGCAGUGUCGCUGGUCUCGGCGUGAGGAGGCAGACUUUUAUAGGGUGAUAUCAAGCUACGGUGUGGAGUUUAACCUGACAACAGGCAGGUACAAGUGGGACAGGUUUAGAGCACUAGCCCGCUUGGAGAAAAAGUACGACGAAACACUGACCGAAUACUUCCAGGCCUUCUACCACAUGUGUAUGAGGGUCUGCAAAAAAUUCAAAAAUGAUGACGAUGGCAUUUGUGUUACAGCUUUGCCUCCAAACAACAUCUACGUGGAACCAAUCACAGAGGAGAGAGCGAGUCGAUGUCUGGCCAGGAUAGACCUGCUGAAUAGGAUCCGUACCGACGUGCUUCCCCACCCUAAGUUUGAGGAGAGAGUGAAGCUAUGUCAGUCCUCCUAUGAUCUGCCACCAUGGUGGAUACCAGGCAAACACGACCGUGACCUUGUCAUAGGUGCUUCCAGACAUGGUGUUGUGCGGACAGACUACAACAUUCUGUAUGAUCCAAGCCUGUCAUUUAAAGAUGUGGUGAAGAAAGGGGUUUUCCCAUUCACAACCGAAUCUCCUGGUCCUCAAGCAGCCACAAAAGAAAAAGAUGCCGAAAAUGAAUCCUCCAUAAAGAAAGAAGAUUCAGACGUAAAGGAUGAGAUACCGAAAAUUGAAAAAAUUGAAGGUGAAACAGAAACAGCAGAAAGUACAGAAGUAUCCAAUGGAGUUAAAAAGGAGGAGGAUCCAUCAGAAGCUGAGAUAAAGGAGGAAGUGAAAGAGGAGCAUGAGGUGAAGGAGGAAAAGGAGGAACAAGAUGAACAGGACAUGUCGAAAGACCAGAAAAGCAUGGAGGUUGAAGAAAUGGACAAGGAGGUGAAACAGGAGAAGGAAGAGGAAAUGGAGGUGAAGACAGAAGCUGUUACAACGAAUGAGGAGAAUAAGGAAGCUGAAGACAAGCCAGAAAUGGAGAAGGAGGAGGAAAAAGGAGAUGUAGAGGUUAAGAUGGAGGAAGAGGAGAAAAAACCGGUAGAAAAUGGCCACCUAGAUGAGGAGGAUGAGGAUGAAGGAAAGCAGGUAGAUCUUGGAGUAAAGACCGAGGAACGGGAGGAGCCUAAGGUUCUUAGUGAUACAGAGAUGGUGCGUAAGGUGAUAGAGGCUGUGAAGGAGCGACGAGAGGACCAACUCAUGGACAAGAGGUUCUCCAGGGAGGAUGAGGAGCUGCAGAAUUUUAUGAUUGCUGAAGACUAUGAUUCAGAACUACCUCCAGGGGAAUUCAAUGCUUUAGGAGUCUCCCUCAACUGGCCAAAGGAUCGUGUAGUAUUUCACCGCUUAGAGCACAUCUGUUACUGUGUGGAACAAGGAGAAUGGCCUUUCCCCAAGAGAAUGAACCCGCUGACUGACUCUCGCAGUGGCACUCCAAUGGGCUCAAUGACACCAAAGGAAGACGCAGACCUGAGUCAUUCCGAUGCUGGCGACUCCGUGUAUGAUGGAGUGAAGGUGAUGAAUGUGGGCGUAGAUAGAUUAGAUAAGGACUUUGAAGUUCAGAUGACAGAGGGAGAUGGUUUGAAGAUGACGUUCCACCGACGAGCUGCAGCACAAAGGAAAUAUGAAAUGGAACUAGAACGAGAAAGAGAACGGGAUGUUGGAGGUCGUGUUCAACAGAUACUCAACCAAAGUUUACAGUCAACAGCCUCAAGUGACGACAGCCAGUCCGACGUGACCCCUCGUUCUCAGGUACUCGGUCAUUCACCACGCCAAUCACCUCAUCAAUACUACUAUCCACAGACUCCUGCUGACCUGAUGACCAAUGGUGGGCCAGAGUUUGAUCCGGUUCUGUUGAAAAGGAGUUUGAUGGAGCAUGCGCUAAUGUUCCCGGAGAGAAGACGAAGAGGUCGGAAGAGGAAAGCUGAAAAAAUGGCAGAAAUUGCUAUGGCCGAAGCACUGGCUAGAAGGAGUCAGGCGCGAGCCAUAGUAAAUUUAGAAUGUGAAGCGCGGGUCCCUGUGAUAAACUUGGAGGAUGGUAGUCGCCUAUCUGGGGAUGAGGCUCCAUUGAAAAAGGACCUUGACAAGUGGCUAGAUCGUCAUCCUGGAUACAUGGUGGACAGGCCGGGCGAAAUGGAGGAAGUUGAGGACUUCUCAGAAAUGGCAGCAUUACAGCGGUUACAGGAAACCCCAGAGAGGAGAAGAGGGCGGCGACCUCGGGUUGACCCUGCUAUGCUGGACCAUAAUAAGUUAACAGGAGAAGAAAAUGUAUCUGUUAUUCACAGAUUGACUGGAAAAAAGAUAACUGGUGCUAAAGCUCCGCCGCUGAAAUACCUAGCCGAAUGGUUAGAGCAAAAUCCUUUCUUUGAUGUUGACUCAAAGUGGACAGACCUAGUCAAAGCAAAGGGCAAGCUUCCCAAAUCCUUAAUGUCUCGCGUGAUCACACCUUCAGAGAAAAGAGGGCGUGGAAGACCACGUGAAAACCUUCUGUCACAGUCAGUGCUGGCUGGGGAGAACCCCUUCACAUCCAUGGCAGGAUUUUCUGGGAUUCCUUCUCCAGGCAUGAUGGCUGGCUUUCAUAAACUACCUCUAGGGAUGCCCUUUGGGUCUCUACCUCCACUUGGAAUGGCCAAUCCGAUGCUUGGGUUGGCUGGCUUUAUGCCUGGACUACCUACCUCAUCACUUACCAAAGAGUUUGAAUCUUCUUCUAAGAAAGACAACUCUCCAAAUAAAAAGGACAAGUCAGAUUUAAAAUCUGCAUCUAGUAGUACCCCGACACCCCACCCAUCAUUCCCAAACCUCAUGUACAAUCCACUAAUGUUUAACCCCUUACUGGCGGCCCAGGCUCAGCACCUUGGUUUCUCCCUCCCUACCAGUCUUCCCACCUCCUUCGCCUCACUGGCUGCUCAGUCGGCCAUGAUCAAUGGUCAGGGAGGUGAUUCUGACCUGGAAGAAGGGGAGAUAAAACGUUACACUUCAAAACAGCAACAGGAUAUUGCGCAAGAUCUCUCGGUCAAAAAGAACUCUGAGCCUUCUCUGAAGCGACAUCGUGAAGAUCGUGAUAAAUCCUCAAAUUCUAAACUGCUGGUUGACCAGGAACAGCCAUGUGAUCUCUCAAUGAAAGUUAAACCCAAGGAACACUCGUCUCAUAAAGAACAAUCAAGGGUUCAGCAAAGAGAGCCAAAUAAAUUACCUCAUCACAAAGUACCUCAUAAAGAUCAGCUACAUAAGGAGCAUCACAAAAGUCACCACAGGGAACACAAGGAAUCGCACCACAAGGAAUCGCACCACAAGGAGUCGCACCACAAGGAAUCGCAUCACAAGGAAUUGCAUCACAAGGAAUUGCAUCACAAGGAUUCGCAUCACAGAGAACAUAAAGAAACUCACCACAAGGAAAAAAUUGAUAAGGAACAAGCUUUAGAACUGUCUCAAAAAGAAUCCAAAGAUUUCACGAAGGUAAAGACUAAAAUACAAAGCUCAUUUAAACUGAGCCGGAUUGUUGACUCUUUGAAAGACAAGGUGAAAAAAAUGGAAGAUAAAGGAAAAAGUAAAAAGUCGAAACUUGACAGUAUUUUAUGUAAACUUGGUUCCAAGAUGGAUGGAGACGAGGAGAGUAGUCAGUCAAGUGUGACACAGGAGGGUAGGGAUGAGGAGGCCAGUGUAAGUAUGGAGGGUAUGGAGGAAAUGGGACCAGAUCCAGAGGAGUCUGGUCUGGAGGGGGUGGGACCUGAGCCAGAGGAGGCUGGGGAGGAAGAACCAGAGGAGUCGGAAAUAGCAGCCAGUGAGACUGAAAACAAGGAAAUGGCUGAGAAUUCAGUAGGUGUCGUUGAAGACACAGAGAAAACUGGUGGGGAGGAGGAAGAGGAGGCCGAUUCCUGAUGUGGAACUUGUGUUGUAUCAUUGUCCUUGUAGUGCAAUACACUACAAACCUCCCCAACUGUUAUUAGUGGUUUACACCAAAGCUCCCUUACCAGUGUGUGUGUGUGUGUGUAUGUGUGUACAGGAACGAGUGUGUCUGAGUGAUAUACUGUGAUUAUGCAUCAGAUGUGUUGUGAAACUUGUAAAAACAGUCAUCUCUCAUCAUGUCUGUUAUUCCUGUGUCAAGUGUGAUUUCAGCCAUUCGUCAGGAUAUUCUUUCUCCAAUCGUGGAUUUUUUUGGUGAAAAGUGCAUAUCAGUGAACAAAUAUGGUGUAUUUUUUUGAGUGCCCUCUGGAUCUUACCACCUGCUGGUAAACUGUUUACUCUGGUGUGGGUCACCUACUUCCAAUUUAAUAUUCACCGUUACCAACAGUGGGUGUCACUAUUCCUCUUCAGGCCAGAUUUGUUUGGCCAAUGUCAAAUUAAUUUUGCUCACCGAUGAUUGAUUUUGCGUUUGAUACGUUUUGUAAAUAUGAAGUCAGAAUUUAUUUUGUCUACUUUGUCUAUAAUACUUUAUAGUUGUUUUGAUUUUAAAUGUUUCCCAGGUAUAAUUUACAGAUAAGAUCCAGGUAACCGGUCAUUAUCAAACAUAAUAUUAUGUUAGUGUGUCUGUUGUAGACACAGGAGUACAGCAUGCUGUAUUUUGAACCAAAGAUGGCAUGAGAAACACACAAUCAAAUUAUAAGUAGAUUGAUGAGAUGAAAUUUAUUAAUAGUGUUAUAUUAGUAAUGAUGAAAUAUUGAUUCAAAUAUACAGAUGAAUUGCGAACAAACAUAAUUUUGAAGACCAUGGUAUUGGCUUUAGAACAAGAUUUGUGUGUUUCUGGUAACAUGACUGGUUGUAGGGUAGGUAGCACAAUAUGUAUGAUCUCAGCAAGGGUUAUUGGUACGACUGUGUCCCCCCAGAACUGACCGCUUGUAUCGAGGGGACAACGUCUUAACCAUAUUUCAGGGCUACCCUCGCAGUUUUAGUAUUGAUUUGUCAAGCUCUUAAUUUAUUGUAAACAUGCUUAUAUUAGCACAAUCCUAUUCAGAAAAGUUCUUCAGCAGAUCAUUUGUUGCACAUCCGAGUGAAACAUAAAGAUGACCGAGUAUAGUAUCAAGAUACUGGAGCAGAUUUAAGUGCUAAAAAUUUGGUUGCUGCUAACAUAGGUAUGUUGACAGCCAUUGUAGUCAUUCAUAUCUAGCAUUAGAAAUCAUUUUCAUAUUCUGGUCAACACUGUUAGAGGAGCCUUUUCUUCGGAUAUGAAUCAAUGCCGCUGACGGAACACUGAGCCUAUGUUAUGUAGUCGGUAAACCAGUAACUAAGAUGUAGCUUGGGGUUCAAAGUCAUAAGAUCUAUGAUAUUUUCACACAAAAACAUUGUCUGUUUUAAUUGAUAUAAUGUGUAAUGGAAAUAAGUUUAAACAUUUUUUUUUACCUUGAAUAUAAUGUGAGAAAUGUGUUUUUGUAUGUUGAAAAUUUGUAGGAAAUUAUUAUCUGUAUAAUAGUAAUUAAUCGUCAAUAUCUCAUUGAUUAUGAUUAUGACAUUGAAAACAACAAUGUAAGGUAUCUUUUUAAUUCAUGUAUUGCCAUUUCCCUGAAAACUAAACAUAGAUUUUUUUACUUGUAUAUCAUAGAUACUAUGACUGUUAAUUAGAUUACUGUAAUGAAUUGAACAAAGAAAAAGUAACUGAAGAUUAAAAAAAAAAAAAAUCUGAAUGAAUUAAAUUAAUUUUAAUGAAGUGUCGAAUGGGAGAGGGGGGGGGUCCAGAUUUAUUAAGGCUUUAAAACUUAAAGGGAAACAGGCUUCCUUUCAUCAGUGUUGUGCCAUCCAUACAUUGACCACCAUCAUUAUUUUUCUGUACUUGUAUACUUAAACCAUUCAGACUGUACAAACCUUGCACUGUCCACCACCUGACUAUAGGUAAUGGUAUUUAUCAAAGCUCUGUCUAUACUUACACUGCAAGACCAUAGUAAAAUAUAUUAAAGUGACUAUAACUGUAAAAAUCACAAAUCACUUAGAAAACAUUGUCUGGUGUAAUAUUUUCAAAUAAUGUUUCAUAAAACUAGUGCUUUCCCUUGAUUACGAAAAUUAAAAUGCUCACAAUCAUGGUUUUUAAAUACCUAAAUCACUGAAAAGCAGUACCAUUACAAUUCGGUAGGUCCUACAAGAAUUCAUUCCUUUAACACAUACAUUUAGAGAAUAUUUUUGCAGUAUAGGCUCCUGUAUCUAUAAGAAGAAAUCCUUGUUUAAUGAGUAUGAAGUCUACAGUUAUAGUCGCUUAGUGGACAGAAUUAUUUGUUCUACAUUUGUUUUGCAUUCACUGUAUACAAAGUCUUUUUAGUGGUAUUGGACAGUGUGUAGAAUGUACAGCACCUAGUCACAGGGACUUGUAGGUUUAGAACGCCUGAAGAUAUACCCUGGUACACCAAUUAGUGUGAAAAGGUAUAUUCCCUGACAUUCAAGUAGAAAUUGAUUUUAUAAAUUAACUCUUUACUGUCUGGAGUCUAUUUUGUACUGCACUCCAUGAACAAGGCUAUAACUAUUGUCUUGACUGCUGUAUUAAUAAACCUACAAAUCCCUGUGAUCCACUCAUGAAUUGCUCAGUCUCACUCAGGUGUCUAUGUAAAACUAGUCGAGAUGUGAUCACCAUGUCAUACGAAAUGCCAAAUGCAGUGCAAUUCCCUUUGAUUCUAUAAAUAAGUCUGAUUCAGAAUGAAAUAAUCAAUUCCAUAAUUAUUAUGAGUAUUGCAUAAGUUAAUUGUAGUAUACCGAGGUCCCUCUUGUGUUAACUGAGCUACAGGUAGCUUGGAAGUACACAGUUAUGGACAUGCGGCAAUGAAAUAGUAUGUUAAGACAUUUAAAUUUAAUGAAAUGCAAAUUGCAUUAGAAAAGCAUCUUUGAUAUUGAUUAUUUUUAGUUUAUUUUUCCCCUUGUGUAACCCUAGUUACUCACUGCUGUACGAUGUUUGUGUAAAACUGUACAGUGUCUGUGUAAUGUAAUAUGUAGGCAUACAUAUCUAAGUGUAAAUAUCACAUCUCACCUUCACAAAUUGUUCACACAUAAAGACAGAUAUGAACUUUGACCUCUGGUCACAAGAUUCAACAGUAAGAAUUUAUAUUGAUGAUGUAAUAUUUUCCAGAUACCAUGGUUACAUGUUUUUUUUUUUGUUCUCUUAAAUCAAAAUAUUGAUUGUACAAUGAAAUGGGUGAUGUAAGUUAUUGUAAUCUGAUAAAUUAUUGACGAUGUUAGUCACAUGGUUGCCGCUACAUGAGAGAUUUUCCUACUGUAUUAGCAGUGUGAACUGUAUGGGUGUAUUUAUUGAAAAUGACAACAGAUUGUAUGCAUCAUUAUUUUUUAUUAAAAACAUGGAUUUGGU